CGGCGGCGCGUAUUAAAAAAAAAACUACGCGCUUUUUUUUUUUUUGUAUUCUCUCUUUUCUUUCAUACAUAAAACAAUCAUGACAAGUGUAUCGGAAGAGUUUAUAGAAUCAACCGAGUUUAAAAAUAAACUGGAAGAAAUCAUUCGCAAUGGUGAUUUAAAAGAAUUAACCGCCGCUGUCAUUCGUAAGAAACUGGAAACUCAUUUUGAUCUUGAAAGUGGAGAAUUAAAGGGAGCACCAUGGCGAACCAUGAUAAAUGCCAUGAUUGACAAAACCAUCAUUGACCAAACCCAAGAUCCUGCACCUGUUCAAAAACGCAAAGCACAAAAAACCUUAGAAACUCCCAUCAAGAAACGCAAACCCACAGCAGACCCUAUCAAACAUUCGCUGUCCAAUCCUACUGAGGCAAAGCCUACGAAAAAGCAACGAUCACCUAAAUUAUUUGAUUCGGAUUCAGAAGAAGAGGUUGCGGUUUAUUCGGAGGACAAGAAACCCAGCCAAAAAAAGAGGGUCCAAUUCGCAGACUUACCUAAACAAAAACAAAAAAGAUCGCUCGUGUAUUCCGAUGAAGACAGUGAUGAGGAAAAGCCAAAGAAAAAAGCGGUCAAGAAAAUGAAGAAUAGCUAUCUCGAGGAUGAUUCUGAAGAAGAGAGUGAGCAAGAAGAGAAGCCCAAGAAACGUGCAUCCAACAAGAAGUCUGCUAAAAAGAUCAUGUCAUCAGAUGAAGAGGAAGAGGAGCAAAAGCCCGAAAAGUCUGCUAAAAAGAUGAUUGUAUCAGACGAGGACGAGGAUAGUGAAGAGGAGCAAAUGUCCAAGAAAAAAGCAUCCAAGAAAGCUUCUAAAAAGAUGAUUACAUCUGAUGAAGAAGAAAGUGAUGAGGAUGAAAAACCCAAAAAACGUGCUCCUAAAAAGAAGUCUAUUCUUAAAAAGACUACUCAAUCUGACGAAGAGGAGAAGCCCAAAAAAACGGCACCCAAGAAAUCUACCAAGAAGAUAAUUAUGUCGGAUGAAGAUGAGGAUAGUGAGGAGGAAGAACAAAAGCCCAAGAAGUCUGCUAAAAAGAUUGUUAGUUCUGAUAGUGAGGAAGAGGCACCUAAAAAGGCAGUCAAAAAGAUUGUUGAAUCAGAUGAAGAAAGCGAAGAGGAAAAGGCUCCUAAAAAGACUGCUAAAAAGAUUGUCGAAUCGGAUGAAGAGAGUGAAGAGGAACAAAAAACCAAGAGAAAGACCACUAAAAAAAUGACGAAAAAGAUUGAUUCAUCUGAAGAGGAGGAUAGUGAGGAGGAAACCCCCAAGAAAAAGACUAUUGCAUCUGACGAGGAAAGUGAGGAUGAUGAAACCCCCAAGAAAAAAUCCUCCAAGAAGUCCACUCGUAAAGAGAGUGAUGAUGAAGAGAAACCUAAACCCAAAUCCGCACCUAAAAAGCCCACUCGUCCUCAAGGAUCCGCAAAAGAUGAAGAAUCUAUUAAACGUCUUCGUCACUACUUAACAAAAUGUGGUAUUUCGUAUUUCUCUUACCGUGUUCCCGUCUCUCAGUGUACUUCCGCUAAACAAGAAAUCGCUGUGCUCAAAGACGAAUUGAAAAAAGUUGGCAUUGAAGGUGUACCCACCUUGGAAAAAUGUGCGGCCAUCAAACGAAAAUUGGAUUUACAACGUGAGGUGGAAGGAUUGGAUACCAGCUUGAUUAUCGAAAACGAAGGUGGUAGACCCAAGCGAGGAAGAGGAGUUCAACGUAUGACUUCUAAGCCCAAGUAUGAUGUGGAUUCUUCUAGUAGUGAAGACUCAUCUUCUGAUGAUGACGAUGAUGACGAUGACGAUGACGAGGAAGAAGGAGAAGAGGAAGAUGAUGAUAAAGAAGAGGAAGAUGAAAAGCCCAAAAAGAAACCUGCAAAAAAGGCUAAACUUGACAGUGAUGAAGAAGACGAUUUUGAAGAUGAGGAUGGAUCAGAUGAGGAUUAAGAAACAUUUAUAUAUAUAUAUAUA